AUGUCCAACUUAACUUCUGCAAUUCAACUAACUAAGGAAUCCAAGUACAAGCUCAACAAUGGACUCUACAUUCCGGUUGCUGGAUUCGGAACUUAUUUAAUUGACAACAAAAAGACCAGCGACUUGGUUUACCAAGCAUUGAAAGAUGGUUAUCGUCAUAUCGACACAGCAAUUGUUUAUAAGAACCAAGGAGAAGCUGCCCAAGGUGUUGCCAAGUUUUUAAAAGAUUACCCUGAUGUCAAGAGGGAAGAUAUCUGGUUCACCACAAAGAUUGGCAAUAACAACCAAGGUUACGAAGAGACGAAAAAGGCUGUUGAGUUGAUCAGUCAAGAAGUGAAGCAAUACAUUGAUUAUGUCGAUUUGAUCUUAAUACACUCGCCGAAAACCUCAAAGGAAAAAAGAUUGGGCACAUACAAGGCAUUGCAAGAAUUUGUAGCGAACCCCAAUAAUGAUACUUUGAACGUCCACUCUAUUGGUGUGUCAAACUAUGGAGUUGACCACUUGGAAGAAUUGUUUAACUAG